CGAGUAUUGCUGCAUCUCCUCUCUCAGUUGUCCCGUGGAGUUCUGAACAUGACAUCGGAUGCAACCGCGCAGUUUCAGGAGAUGGCAAAAAAUCUGGAGCAGAUUACUGGCGCAAUCAACGGCAUCAUUUCGAAUUUCAGGAAUGGAGAACAGUCGGAGAUGCGAGCGCAGUUCGACCACAUCAGGACGAUCCUUCUGGAGCACAACCUUGCCUACUACAUUCAGCCCGACCCCAACCAGUGCGGCGUGCACCCUCAGAAUCGAGAUGGGAUGGGAUUGGACGUUGCUUUAGUUCAACACCUGGCCAAGCACAUCCCGUCAGCUGGGUGGAGCGUACACGAGAUUUCUUCGGCUACCUGUUUCGAGAGCGGCCAAGGCAGCGCACAUGACAAGGUAAAGGAAUUCAACAAUUUGGUUUCAGAUCUGUCCGACGGGUUCAUUCCCAAGUUCGGCGACGGCCAGGUCGUGAAGUACGCCGCUGUUGCUUCUAGCCACACGAUGGCGCUCAUCCGCGCUAUACGGCACGGCUGCUGCACUACAUGCGAGGAGUAUGCGGUGGAUGGCAAGUUUAGCAAAGAGAAAGUGCUGCAAGCCUGUCCGUCAAUGCGGGGCCCCAUCGAGAGCGGCUUCAGGUUUUGCUGCAUCCGUCACGAAGUGGAACUUGCUUGCCCUGGUUUACCAGACUUCAUCCAAGCAUGCGGCAACAUCGGCAACGCUACACACCGACCCGCCACUAAGAUACAAGCGAUGAAGUCUUUGCACGCUAAGCUGGCGUUCUUCGCGGGGGCGUCCUUGAGGCCUGAAGAGCAGAAGGCGAAAGCCGUCAAAGCCGCGGAGCAAUCUUGUCCUCACUUCCACGGCGAGGUCGAUACCAUGGCCGAUUUCGUGAUACUGUAUAGCGGUGGAAGGGCGCCCCAAUUCUUGAACGACCUGGCUACGUGGGAUGGGACGCUGGCCAAGAAGAAUGAGCUCCCGAUUCAGCUUUUCAAGAUUUUGAACGAGCUGGAUUUCAAGCAGGGCCCAGAGUACAUGAUGUCCAUCCUGAAGGCCUCGAUGGCUGCGCCAGCGGCCUUCGUGAAGCAGGGCGUGGCCAAGGUGGUUACGAGCUCAGACAUUGCUCCCAUCAAGAAGGUCGGCGACCCGAGGUACCUCGCGGUUCAGAAGGUGUGCAGCUACAUCCGCAGUGCGAAGGAGUGGUUGGACAAGCUGGCCGACCAUGUGAGCAAGGCCCAGCAGUCUCGCAUCCUUGGCAACUUCGAGAUCAACAGCGUGAUGCACAUCCACAAGAAAAGGGUUGCUGGACGUCGGGAGUACAAGAACGUUGACGAGAUUGCGAACAAGCUCGUUGAGGACGUCUUUGCUCUUUACCCCGACGCUCGCAACGGGGCGCUUCCAUGGACUUACGUCGCAACUGCAUCACCAGCUCCUGCACCAGGUGCCUCAUCGGCUCCAUGUCGGAUGCGCGAGUACACAGCGUCGUCUAACUUGACUUCGUCGCUACUGACUUCUAUGGGCUUCAAGGUCGGUUCCGAGGUGGUGUCCAAGGAUGGCGACCCCAGCGACGUCUACUCGAUCAAGGAGUUCACUGAGACAGACGUCGUGCUGAUCCAACCCAGGAAGGUCAUCAAGGGCAAGGGCAAGAAGGAGCAGGAGACGACCGCGGUGACCAUCGCCAAGUUCGCUGACGAGUGGAAGGCUGCAGACGUCGACGCGACCGUGACCUUCGACAUGCCGCCGCCCUCUGCCGUCCUGGACUGAGA